AUGUCGUUUGGCAAGCCUCCUUCGGUUCCGGACGAGUUUAAGACCCCGCAGCUGGCGCUCAUCGACCACGGUUGGCAAGAAACGUUUACAAUAGUGUGGACGUCUGUGCUCGCUUUUGCUGUUGUGGUGUCGGUUCCUAGGUUUGUGAGGGCUAUCAAGACUGGGCGGGCGUUCAAGGGUGUCUUUGGGAUCUCGGAGAGUUGGGGCCAGACGAGGUACCAGGCGCUGUCAGCUGGAGUGCGUGAAGAGCAGCGGAGGGUUGAUGGGGCUGGCAAGAGUGUGUCAGCAAGAAAGCUGGAGGCGGUGUUGAAUAGGGUCGCGAGUGUGCUGUGGUGGUCGUUGCCUGGACUGGAGGUUAAUGCUGGGCAAGUGAUUCUCAUUGUGGGAUACCUCGUUACUGUGGUUGUGUGCAUCGUUACGGAUGCUACGCUAUCCAAGAACUCCAAUCGCCCAGGUUACAUCGCACUCGCACAGCUUCCCGUGGUCUUCCUUUUCGCGACGAAGAAUUCGGUGCUUUCGCUCAUCCUAGGCCCAGGGCACGGCUACGAAAAACUCAACUACAUCCACAAAUGGGCAGGUCGAUCCAUCUUCCUAUGCUCCCUCAUCCACGGUGUCCUCUGGAUCCUCAACCACAAGCGUAUCGGGAACCCCAUCACUGGAGAGAGCAAGGAGGAUACGGGUCUAGCGGCGUUCGGUGUGCUGUGUAUUAUGGUCAUCUCGUCGUUGCGCCCGCUGCGCAGGUGGUACUACGAGUUGUUCAAUGUCAUCCACAUCUUGGCAUUCGUGUCGUUCUUCGUUGCAUUGUGCUACCACAGUGCGAACUACCUUUCGCCAUGGAUCUAUCCCCCGCUUGCAUUCUACGGCUUGGACCUCAUGUUGCGUAUGUUCAGGACGAGGAUUAAGGAUGCGUUGUUGUCGCCUGUGAAUAGCCAGAUGACGUUGGUCCACAUUCCUGAUUGCUCAGAUGGCUGGGUAGCAGGCCAACACGUCCGCCUACGCGUGUUCUCCUCAGGACGAGUCUUCGAAUCGCACCCCUUCUCCAUCUUCACCGCUCCACCUGGUCUCUCAUGCGUCACCUCCCUUCCGGCAGGGAUCAACCUCGGUGCCAGAGUUAUGGGUGACUGGACCAAGGCGUUGAACGACUAUGCGCGGGAGACUGCCAAGGUGAUGGAAGAGCAGGAUGAGUGUGGCAAGAAGGAGAAGCCCGCAGUCACUCCAGAGUCGUCGAACGACGCCAAAGAGAAUGCUCCGUCGUUGCAGGUACCUGUACAGGUGAUGAUUGAUGGUCCUUAUGGUGGAUGCAGUGUCGACCUUGGACGAUACGAGACUGUGUUGCUCUUCGCUGGUGGUGCUGGUGCUACGUUCACGAUCGGAUUACUUGACGAUAUCGUAGGACGGUGUGUCAAGUUGCGCCGACGAGGUGGAGAGAUCACCAAGAGAAUCGAGUUUGCGUGGUGUGUCCGGUCGUUUGGUUCAAUUGAUUGGUUCGCCCCAGCUCUCAUGGACAUUGCCAAGGUGGCUGAAUCCUCCGACUUGGCUGUUCACAUCUCGAUCUACGUGACCUGCUUGUGCAACCCAGAAGCCGUCCCCCCGAUUCCCAACUGUGACGUCACAGUCGUCCGACCGACCAUUUACAAUGUCCUCACAGACCUCGUCACGCCUCCAAAUUCGACUUCCAACGCGAGGUCAGACAACGCGAGAGUGAAAGCGACGGAGAUCAAGGUGGAAGGGUUGGUGGUUCCUGAUGUUAAGAAACGCCCGUCAACUGCUGCGACGGCGACGACUGGUGUAUCUGAGAACUCGGAUUUGGAUGAGAGUGUAGAGUUUGAGCCGGCUGUGAGGGAUAGGCUUCCGUGGGUUGGUUUGGGUGGUGGUGUGGCUGUUUGUGCGAGUGGACCCGAGGGCCUUACGAGGGAGGCUGCGAAUGCUGUUGCGAGGUUGCAGAUUCAUAGCGAGGGGAGGGAGCUUGGGCCUGUUGGGGUUCAUACGGAGGUGUUUGGGCUGUAA